AUGAUGCUGUACAAAUUAGUUGUUCUUGGUGAUGGUGGUGUUGGAAAGACUGCAUUAACAAUCCAACUUUGUCUGAAUCAUUUUACUUACGAUCCAACUAUUGAAGACUCUUAUCGAAAACAAGUAGUAAUUGAUGAUCAACCAUGCAUACUGGAGGUUUUAGACACAGCUGGCCAAGAGGAAUAUACAGCAUUACGAGAUCAAUGGAUCAGGGAUGGUGAAGGAUUUUUGCUGGUCUAUUCGAUCGCCUCUCGUUCCACCUUUGAGCGCAUUGAACGAUUUCGAAAUCAAAUAUUUCGAGUAAAAGACGCUGAUAAUGUUCCUAUGAUGCUGGUUGGUAACAAGUGUGAUAAAGUAACAGAGAGGGAAGUGACAAGAGAAGAAGGUGCUGCUAUGGCAAAGCAACUGGCAUGCGAUUUCAUUGAAACUUCAGCAAAGACAUGUGUCAAUGUAGAAAGGUCUUUUUAUCAAGUAGUAAAAGCUAUCAGAGCUCAGCGUGAAGGAAUGAACCCGGGAAGCCUUAAAGGAAAGAAUCGAAAGGAUAAGAAAAACAAGUGCUUAAUUUUGUAA